UCCUGACUUAAUGCAAGGGCCCAUCGUGAGUGGGAGCUGCGUGAAGAUCCCGAUUGAGCCUGGUGUGACUGUCCCAAAACAGCAGCUGGGCAUUCUUCGCAAAGAGGCUGAGACGUCUCAGCCUCUGGAAAUAUUGGGAUAAUCCACUCCUCAUCAUUUCAGCAUCUGGAGAGUACAAGAUCCAUUCAAGAAGCUUUACGUCUUUUAGUUUAGAGGCACAAUAAUUAUGCCACAGACAGAUAAACAAGUAUGUAUUCCUCCAGAGCUUCCAGAUUUGCUGAAGCAGUUUACAAAAGCUGCUAUUCGAACUCAGCCUCCAGACCUGAUUCAAUGGUCUUCUGAUUAUUUUAAUGCCAUGGCCCGUGGAGAGGCUCCUCCUGUAAGAGAACGAACAGAUCGAGUGCCUUUAUCAAAUUAUGCAGAGCUUACUCCAGAGCUCUUGAAGGUCUUACACCAGAGAGUGGGUGGGAGGCUAAUCAUCCAUGUUGAUGAACUAGCUCAGAUGUGGAAGGUGCUGAAUCUCCCUACAGAUUUAUUUGAAAGUAUCAUGAAUGUUGGACGUUUUACUGAAGAAAUUGAAUGGCUCAAGUUUUUAGCUCUGGCCUGUAGCUCUCUUGGAGUUACUAUUGCAAAAACUCUGAAGAUAAUAUGCGAAGUUUUAUCUAACGAGAAUGAAAGUGGUCCAGCUCGUAUACCUUUCAGUACUUUCCAGUUUCUCUACACUUACAUUGCGGAAGUGGAUGGAGAAAUCUCCGCAUCUCAUGUCAGUCGAAUGCUGAAUUAUAUUGAACAAGAGAUCAUCGGGCCAGACGGCUUGAUCAAGGUGACUGAUUUUACCCAGAAUCCUCGAGUCAGGCUGGAGUAGAUUCUCAGUACAUCAUACACUAUCAAUGUUAGAUGGAGGAAGAAACAGAGAAUAGAAUGACUUAAACAAAUAGGCCAACCUCUCAGUCACUUUUUCCCUUUGUGUCUGUUAAUAAACAGUUUGGUAAAGCAACCACUAAGAAAGAUGAAAACAUAGAUUGAGAAGGUGCCAGUAAAAUACAGUACAGUCUAUUGUUAA